CUCUCUGGAGGAGGUGGAGAAACUCAGGCUGCUUCCAUUAGGAUGGUCAUUUUUCUUCUUUGUCUAUAUUCCUUGCAUACAGACAGCACAUUCUCUGCUGAUUCACAUGGCACAAAUGGAACACAGAGACCUCCUCUAAAUUCCCUGCUGAAUAUAUCCAAAGUGUGUGGGAUUUCCCUGUAGACAAACAACUGCCAAAGCCAGCUUCUACGCCUCCUUUCCUGCAGCCACCACUACUCCAACUUUUGCUGGGUACUACAGGCUGUUUUAACUUGUGCUGGAGCAGAGAAUCAGGGAGCCAGUUUUCCAAAAGCCAUAUCCAGCUAAUGUACUUGAAGAAGACUCAAUGGAGCAGGACGUGGAGAGCCCUGUCAUGAUUCAGCAGCCAAAGUUGCCCAAACAAGCUAGAGAGGAUCUUCCAAAACACAUAAGCAAAGUAUGUACCAAGAGAAAAAUUCAGAGGUAUGUUAGGAAAGAUGGGAAAUGCAACGUACACCAUGGGAACGUGAGAGAGACUUAUCGUUAUCUGAGUGAUAUCUUCACUACCUUAGUCGACCUCAAAUGGAGGUUCAACCUUUUGAUUUUUGUCAUGGUUUACACUGUGACGUGGCUCUUCUUUGGAAUGAUCUGGUGGCUAAUUGCUUACAUCCGAGGUGAUAUGGAACAUAUAGGAGACAAUACGUGGACCCCAUGUGUCAGUAACCUCAAUGGGUUUGUCUCGGCCUUUUUAUUCUCAAUAGAGACAGAAACCACCAUCGGGUAUGGUUAUCGGGUCAUCACGGACAAAUGUCCCGAGGGAAUUAUUCUGCUUUUAGUUCAGUCUGUUUUAGGUUCUAUUGUCAAUGCUUUUAUGGUUGGUUGCAUGUUUGUGAAAAUAUCCCAGCCCAAGAAGAGGGCAGAAACCCUGGUUUUUUCUACCAACGCAGUCAUUUCCAUGCGGGAUGGGAAGCUGUGCCUGAUGUUCCGAGUAGGGGACCUUAGGAAUUCACACAUUGUGGAGGCAUCAAUACGAGCCAAGUUGAUCAAAUCUAAACAGACAAAGGAGGGGGAAUUUAUACCACUCAACCAGACAGAUCUCAACGUAGGUUAUUACACAGGGGAUGAUCGUCUCUUUUUGGUUUCACCACUGAUCAUCAGCCAUGAAAUUAACCAGCAGAGUCCUUUCUGGGAGAUUUCCAAAGACCAAUUGCCCAAAGAGGAACUAGAAAUUGUUGUAAUUCUAGAAGGCAUGGUGGAGGCAACAGGAAUGACAUGCCAAGCGCGAAGUUCUUACGUAACCAGUGAGAUCCUGUGGGGUCAUCGUUUUACACCUGUCCUCACGCUGGAGGAUGGAUUUUAUGAAGUUGACUACAACAGCUUUCAUGAAACAUAUGAGACCAACACACCGUCUUACAGUGCCAAAGAACUGGCAGAGAUGGCCAGCCGAGCAGAACUGCCCCUGACUUGGUCUGUGUCCAGCAAACUAAACCAGCAUGCUGACCUGGAAACUGAAGAGAGGGGAAAGAACCACGAAGACCAAACCGAAAGGAAUGGUGACGUGGCAAACUUAGAGAAUGAAUCCAAAGUUUGAACCAGCAGAGGUUCACCACACAACCUCUUUUUUCUUUUUGAUCCUUCCCUUUUUUUAUGAUGAUGACAAGAAAAGAAAUAUUUAAGGUUUGAAAUGUCUACCUGCCCAAACAAAUCAAGAGAUUCAUAAAAUAAGCAAAGACAUGGGUUAAAGCUGCAAUAUCCCUUAUAUACAAUGAAAUCUCUGAUCACUGCCCUUUCAAUAAUUGCAUAUUUCCUCUGGACAAAUACAAGUUUAUGACCACAGAUGUGUUUAAAAAGGAACCAAAAAAAAGGGGGAGGGCAAAACUCAGUAUCUGGGAUAAUAAAAAGAAAGACUGUGAUUAAUGUUUGUUAAUACCAUGGGCCUUGGCUCUAAUUUUUAUAUAUUUCAAGACAGUUUCAUAAACAGGAUGUGAUGCCUCCAAUGAAAAUGGGCAUUGCAGCUUUAAGACCAAGGUGAGCAGAAAGAGCUGCAGUUCAACAGGAUACUGUAUAUAUGCCUUAUGUAAUUACUUUCUCUUUACAUUUAGUAAUAAACCC